AUGUCAUUAAUAAGUAAAUGUUGGAUAGUUGUUUGUAUAAGUGAUACACAUCAAAAACAUCGUCAAUUAACCGAACGAUUAAAAUCAAGUUAUUGUGGUGAUAUUCUUAUACAUGCUGGAGAUAUAACCAAUUUUGCUCGUGGUUCAAAACCAUUUGAUGAUUUUGAUCAAUGGUUAAGUGAACUUCCAUUUAAACAUAAAUUAAUUAUUGGGGGAAAUCAUGAUUCGAUUUUAACUCCAUAUUUAAAUAAUGGAAAAUUUUUAGAAAAUGAACAAAUAAUAAUUGAUAAUUAUCUUCAUAUAUAUGGUUCAUCAUGGCGUCCUACAGGUGAAUCAACAUGGUUGGAUAUUCCUUCAAAUUCAAAUAUUGUUAUAACACAUAAUCCACCUUGUUCACCAAAUGGAUUACAUAUUGAUUUAGAAGGAAAUUUAGAAUUAAGAUUACAUCAAAUAAAACCUUUAAUUUCAAUAUUUGGUCAUAUUCAUCAAGAUUAUGGAGUUUGGAAAGAUGAUAAUGGAAUUUUAUUUGCUAAUGCAGCAUCUUUUCCUUCUUCUCGAUCUCAAACAUUAAAUGAUCCUUUAAGAUUCAAAAUUUCUAUUGAUGAAAACUCACUGCUUUCUAUUGAACAUAUUAUUUAA